AUGCACGAGGUCCACCACCCCGCCUUCCACGUGGCUGGAGUGCUGCGUGACCGAAUACCCCAAGACCAGGGCCCUGUCAACGUAAUCCUCAUUGGUGAUGACAACGGCGUACACCACUUUUCCCUCCAACAUGGCAGGCUGCGGCAAAUUGCGUUGCGGUGCCGGCGCACGUUGGGGUUGGCGUCCCUCUUUCUCUCCCUCACGCCUUUGCGUUACGCUGCAGCAUCAGACCGCGCCAAAGGCACUCGAACAACAGUUGUCCGCAGCGACACACACGGAGUCCUGCAUGUAAUCUGCGAAGUCGCUUGUGCCAUAGAAACAGAUGCAUUCCCUGUAUUUCCUGCACACCAACUACAACGAUACCGCGUGUGUACACCCUUAUUUCCCCUGCGACUCAGCAGCACGAUAAUGAACGUUUGUUACCAAAUACCCAAUUACUUUUAUUUCAUUCGCUUGUAUUCCGCGUAA